AUGGAUAGAAGGUCUGCUAGAAUAAAAGCAGAGUUAGAAAGAUAUGGUUGGAGAGUUUCAAAGAAUUUUAAAUAUAGGAAGGGAAGACCCAUAAAAGUCUAUGACAAAUUGUCUGGUCUUCGCUACGAAAUGGAUUUGGAAACAGCACGUGCCAAUUAUCCAAACAGACUAGAGAGGUUAGAAGAAGAACGUCUUAUGGACAUGCCUUUCGAUGUUAGUGAACCUCAAGUUGAAGGACACGACGGCUUUGCCAGAUUCUACUGGAAACAUGACGAACAAUUGCAUCCUUUGAGAAGGAAAAAAGGAAAAGGUGAAGACGCACAUGCUCCCAUGGAAAGAACAAGAUAUGCAUAUGAAAAGUAUCGUGAAGUUAGAAGUCAAAUUACAUCUGGUCGAACCUUUACAGUAAACUUUGACGAAGGAAAGAACAAAGAAGGCUUCAUGGGUGUACUUGCUGCCAUACAAGACGGAAAUAAGAAAGGAUACAAUCUCAGACUAACCGUAACAGAUUUAGAUGGUCAUAUUUACUAUGCACAUGGCAAU